GUUGGGUUUCGAUGUGGACACAGAUGAGAGCAUCUACAGUGAGCACGAUAUGGAGUUGACCUUUGACACCCUCAUCUCACAGGAUGACCUCAAAAUGGUGAACAACCUUCGUCUGGUGAUCAACCUCGCUGUAGGGGACGAGGAUGUUAUUGGAGAGUUGAAUGACACCAUGUUGCAGGAGGUCCAGACGAAAGCAAGGAACCUCAUUAAAGAGCUAAUUCUGAAGCCUCGUGACUCCAUCACACCGUACCAAGGAGUGAGUGCAGGCUGGAACAAGGUGAGGAGGAGGGAUAUACUCAGAGUGGAUACAGGGGAGACAGACGACUCCUCCCAUCCUCUCUUCCCCCUACACCUCGGCAUCAACAUCUCUGAGGAGAGGAUGACCAGCAGAGGAGUGCUAUAGAGUACUGCUAUUGAG